GGUCUUCACGGUCUCUAAACGGUCACCGUGGUGUUGCUCCGGGAGCAGAGAGGAGAGGCGGUAAACAUGUAAACACAGACAGCCUGAUGCUGCUGGAGACUGCUCUGUUUGGUAGCUCCACUACACUCUAGUUUGGUGCUGUUUCAUCAGAGGUAACACACUGCAGAGCUGCUCUACUGCUGCUUCUCUUAAUAAUAGAUAUUAACUAGAUAUUACUUUACUUUACAGUUUGGUAUUAAACGCUAACGUGAGCUAACCCCUUAGCUAGCUAGCUAACUAGCUAAAGUUACAGCUAACGUUAGCAGAUAUCACUCAAUCAAGAUAUCGUUAAUAUAUGAGCACUAGUUAGUCUUCAAAGUGUUACACGUUACUUUACCUGAUGCAGCUUGAUGGAGGACUACGACCAGUUUGUGAUGCAUCGUCUCUCUCUGCUGAGGAAGAGUGAUGAUGAUGAGGAGGAGCACAACCAGCCUCCACCUUCAUCCUCUCUCAUCCUCUUCCAUGGACAACCCAUCCUUCCUCCUCUGCUCUCAGGGGAGCAGAGAGAGGAGAUGCAGCGACACAGAGAUGCAGCACAGAAAGCUGCUGUCCACAGAAAGCUGAAGGAUGAUUCAAGAAUGGCCUUCGUGCAAACUAUCCUACACAGUGUUCAGCUGAGGAAGACGCCAACGCUGGAGGAGUUGCUUCAAGAGUCAGAGAUUGACACAAAAUCUUCAUAUUCCCACAACACCAGCGGCAGAUCAGUGUCACAGAGCAAUUUAAUCAUGGGAACAAAGGAUAGUCUUUCACUCUCACCACUACCCGGAAGGAAAGAAAAGGAUGGUGCUUCUCUUCCUCCGUUGACGUCAACUUCAUAUAGUGCCUUUUUCGCCUCUGAUGUGACACCUCAGCAAAGUUAUCAGGAAGGAUGCCUUACUGACCAACAUUACAGCCAACAGGGAUCACAGCCAAGCCACCAGUCAGUAUCCUCCGGCUAUGUGACCUACGAGAAUGUUGUAAACACCACUAGUGUCUCUGGAAGGAUUGAUGCAGAGAGAGAGAGCUUUGGCUCCUCAGAGGGAGCUUAUGAUAACAAUAGUAUCGGUGGCUUUUUCCUUCACAACACCUCAAACACAAUCGCCAUGAUGCCAGAUAUUAUCAGCCACCCUCCUGUGGAUGGAGAGGAACUGGAAAGGAGUGGACUGGAAUCGUCCUUUUCUACUGACGAAAUAGUAGUAAAAGACACUUGUUACACCUCGCUCCAGGAGGAUUCAGUCAUAUGUGACCAUUUACCAGUAGAGCAAUCCGAAAGCAGUCAUCUGAACAGCACAGAGGGUGAAGAUAACCUUCCCUUUACCACGGCACUUGACCUCGACAAAGAUCACAAUUUGGACAGAAUUGAGGGCGCGGUCUCUUCAUCAGAAAACAGUGGCGUCUCAGAUGAUCUAGAGUUAUCGCAGACAUUAAGCGCUCAUCACAGUCCAACAACAGAGCUGCACAUUCAGCACGACCCCACAGAAUCAAAACCAGCGGACAACCACGAACACGAAGCGCAGCCAUCUGAGGAGCCUUAUCGUCUGAGCCUCCAGGCCCUGCUGAAGAAAUCUCAGGAGUAUCGGCGGCGCCAGCGGAUGCUUAGGAACCAAGCCAAAAGCACUAAAAUUCAGGAGAGGGGCCGAGAACAGACGAGAGCAAGGGCGGAGGAGCAGAGCCUCUCUGAUAAGGAGAAUGACGAGUUCCCUGACAAGGGGACUGUGACCGCAGAGGGGAAGAAAACUAAAGAGAGGAGAGGCACUUCUUUCCCCUCUGUGGAAAUGUCGCCAAAGAAAUCCUUGGAAAAUGAGAAGAUGAUUGAGAGCGAGUUUAUUGGGGAAAACUUAAAAUCUGAAAGCACACCUUUAACAGGAGAUGGAAAUACUAAGGAAAUGACUAGUGUUGAGGAGGAAACAGUCUUCAGAAAUAAUAAGCUGAAUAUUUCGCAAGAGGUCAUAACAGAGCCUAAACAGCACCAACCCACGUCGACAGAGACCUCGCCUGUUCAGGAAGCCUUUUGCUUGACCUCCUGCACUGCAGCUUUUUAUAAUGGAGCAGGGAAAUAUCACACUAUCCCAGCCCCUAGUUUCUGUAGGAGUCCUGUGCUCUGCAAAAGCAAAGGCAGCAUCCGAGAUGGAGAAGCUCUCCAUGGGGCCGAGACCUCAAAGAGGAAAGUUUUAGUCGAUACUGUUUUGAGUGAAGGCCACAAGGUUGAGGAAGUUAACCCAGGGCAUAAAAACAGUCCCACAGCAGUUCCUUCCACUGUGAAGCUCGCAGUUGAAGGUGAUGUAACGUGCGUUUCAGCCAAGAGUUCACAGCACAUAGAUCAGCUCGAGUCCAACCUGUUCAGCCUUAAAGUACUGAUUUCGGAUCUGGAGUCCACACUGACAGAAAACUUAAAGAAUCACGGCCAAACUGAGAGCAACACCCAAAGCGAGCGCUCUCAUCCAAGUGAGGGUGCCUAUUAUUCGGAGGAUAAACUGAGGGAUGAUGACAUUGGCAAAGAUGCACAGCAAGACCAAAGGUACGGAGAGCAGCCAAGAAGACAAUCAGACAAUUUCAGGGACAUGCAGCCGGAAGAUACAGGACCUGAACCAAGCAUCAGUGACACGUACGGCGUUCCUCUCAUAGUGCCGGUAAAAGAAGCUGAGGCAGUAGACGUAAGCGAGCUCAGGCUAGUCAAAACCUUAGCUACAGAGAGAGCGAAGGAAAAAUGGAAAUGUAAAGAAGGACUUUCAAAAAGUUACGGACAGCAUGACAGCUGUAGAAAGCCCACAGCCAAAUGCAUCCUUUCCGCAACACAGCGGCUGCGAAUUCCCGAUGUAUUCAGAAAUACUGUGACCAUGGCUUCACGUAACGUCUCGGUGCUUUCGGAUACCAGCAACCUACCCGCAGAAGGUCACGACUCUACCCACUCGCCAUCUCUCAACCAGUCGUAUGACGUGGACGCACCGUCUGGCCUGUGGUUCCUUGAAGAGUCAGGGUCCGACUCGGGCUUAAAAAGUCAUCUUGUUCAGGAGAAGCAUCUGACCCCAGAGAGCGGGGGCGAAGGUCAGGGUGGGGUAUCCAAGGUCAAACGGAGGCUGCUCAUGCACAUGACAGAGGAGACACUGGACAGGAGUGCAGAUGGCAACAAAGGAGCAGACUCUGUGGUCAGACCCGACUCCAGCACUCCUAAAGCAGCAGCACGGUGGUACGAAGGCCGUGGCGGUCAAGAAGACAAGCAGGAGCAACUGAAACAGGCCCACGCUGCUCAGGUCAGAGCCCUGCAGGACGAGCACAGGAAACAACAGGAAGAACUACUGCAGGCGUUGGCAGUGCGUUACCGUCUCCUCCAGAGCGUGUCCUUCCCUUGCUCCAUGUCAAGCUCACGUCUUGGGGACGCGUUGACCUUUCCUACCCUCUCUCAGCGCUGCAGCCCGCUCUCAGAGCGCUACCGCCCCCUGCUGUUCGCAGCCGCGAAAGGUUUUCUGGCUCGCAGGCUGCUGAGGACCGAGAGAGUGGCGCAGCUGGUGCGCACCAUCAGGGACACACAUCAGUUCCUGCAGCAGCAGCAGAGCCCUGGCGGAGGAGAGAUCUGUAGCAGACAGGACCUUUUAUUGCAGGAGAGAGUCACUCUGCAGCUGUGCGCCGCCCGUUAUGAGGUCCACGACAUAUUCUUCAGCCUGUCAGCCGGAGAGAGGAUGCAGCUGAUCAGCUGGGACAGAGAGCUGGCCAGGGAGAGAGAGCACAGACGACGGAGUGGGCACACAGGCCGUCCCAGAGGAAAGAGUUCUCUGUCAACUGCAACACAAAAAUCACUGGAGAGGAAGAGAGGAGUGAUGAUCCAGAAAAAGGCAGCAGGAAGGCACACAGGAGUUGCGACGAGGACUGGACACAAUACUGGAUUCUCUGCCGAGCAGCCGAACGAAACCAAACGAGGACAGUUCAGAGCAAAUCCUCAGAGGGUCCUCAAGAGCACUCUCUCCUCGAGACCCCGAUGACACUCUCCUAAUUGGCCCCAGUGAGGACUUCUAAUAAGGCCUCUAGCGGUUACAUAAAUAUUGUAUAACUUUCAAAUUUGGCACAAGGCGACGCCUGUUGCUGACGAAUAUAUAUCUUUAUAUUUCUUCUCUGGUGUGACAUUUUUUACACUUUUCAACCAGGGUAUAAUAUAGUGAUGACAGUUCCACUCCAGUUUCACAUUGAGUGGCUGCUCAGGUGGGGAUAAAACAUCACUACAGCUGCUCUGUCAGUAACAGAAAUUCUUUACCAGGUCUGCCUCCAGCAUUUUUUCCCAGUUUACUAAUGUUGCAGAUGUUAGUGGGAAAAAUGUUGAGUUGGCAAAACCAAAAACAUUUAUACCUAUACGAAUUAAGAAGACUUUGGCAUCCUUUUCAAAGAACGUAUAUUGUCAAUUGUUGCGCCCGGCAGCAAAGCUACGCUUCCGGCAUUUUGGACUGUAAAGUGAUUGCUGGAUGCCAGUAAAACGUCCGCCUUAAAGGUGCCGUACAAAAGUCAAACAAAAUUACUUCUACUCUAUUGCCAUAUUCUACCGAAUUGGCCUGUGUUGAACAAUAAAAAUAUUAUAAAUAGAGUAAGUGUUUUUAGUCCAAAAUGGCAGCAGCAGCAGCUGUUGUCAAAAAAAGUUUAGUCUCUUUGCUUUUAUUAAUCCAUACUCUUUGUCCUUUAGCUGAAAAGCUCUGUGCUCUGUGCACUGUACGUGAAAGAUGCUGCGUUUAUGACACACAGCAGACGUCAUAGCAUGAAAAGCACAGAUGUAAUGAAUAACACUAACGAUGGCUCCAUUCCAUUUGGAUAUCAAUGCAUUAAGGAAGGAUUACUCUUUGGCUAACUGUUUACAACUUGUAGACAUGCAACCUGCGAGUAGGGGUUGGAAAUUACUUUGUUUUAAGGGUUGACAAGUUGAAAAGUAAGCAUGAAGUAAGUCAUGGCCAUGAGCCAGCAUGCACAAUACCAGGACUCAGGAACCAAAGCACGUAACUGGAAUGCAGCCAUGAUUAAAGUUAUUAAUUACACCUCAAAAUGUCUCCUGUGAAAAGGGGUCUGUUAAUCAGGUUAUUAGUUCAGCUGUUUGUGCAUGUCAGUGUUUUCCCAGUUAAAUCUCUGGUUUUUUGAAGGAUGGACUUCAACAUUGAAUUCCUUCAAAUUGAUGUGCCUAGUUCUUUGCCACCAAAAACAUCUCCAGAUGUGUAAGCACAUACUGAACUCUGUUAGUAUGAAAUGUGUAGAAGUUUUAUAGGACAUGCUCUCUUACAACAGAAAUGUUAAUAUCCAGCUCCAGAUCUUUACGGCUAAUACUUGAAUAGUGUGUUACUCCCAAGCGUUGCCUUAAAUAUUGUUACUAGUGUAUUGGUAUCACAUGUCAGCCACAACACAUGUAAACCUUUGCAAUUUUUUUAUUCUUAGAGUCUUGUGACCUGUUUUAUAUGUUAUUUAUUUAUAUGUGGUUGAUAAUAAAUGUUUCUUAACACUUGAAA